AUGGAACAGCAGCAAACGACGGCAUCGGAUACGACGAAUCAGGGAGGGAAAAUACUCUCCCUUUGCUGGAAUGCCGGUGCGUUGGCGGCAUCGUACUUCGAUUUUGACCAGCUAGAGCUGUACGCCGUUCAGCAAGCGAUCGAACCGCGGCCCCAGUACGUGCUGCUCCGUGAGCUGGUGCGCCGUUACUCCGCCCUGUUCUACAUCGUUUCCGGUGCCAACUGCUUCCUGGAUGACUGCAACGAGCUACUGCGCGUGCCUUCCGCCAACGAUACGAAUCCCCCCACAGCAGGCGAUCCAAACGACACCACCGGACAUGGAUCCAACUUUAAGAUCUACGAGUUCAAUCCCAGAUCGCAAUCGAAGACCCGCGCCCGGCUGUUGGCCCUGAGGCUUCCGACGAUGCCGCGCGAUGCCGACGAACGUGAGUGUCAGUCGUUUCUCGAGAGCAUUUUACCUUUCGAACAGGAGCUGCUGGUACACUGCGUCGGUAAUCUGUUGCUGGUGCUGGACGGAGUCGGUGAGUCACUGUCGCCGAACCGGCUGGUGACCAAGAUCAAUCUGAUAACGCCAAGCUCACAGCUCCUGAUCGAUGGACUGACGUACGAUGCGUUACAGAUUUUCGACGCCAGCAGGCAUCCGUCCGGGUUCAAGUGUGGCACCGAACGGCGGGGAAUGUCGGUCUACAGUUUGUUCAACAAGUGCGCCUCCCGGUACGGGGAAGAAUGGCUUAGCCGGCUUAUGACGCAGCCGAUCCGGGAUCGGGAGGAACUAAACCGUCGGUACGAUACCGUGCAGUGGCUGCUCGCGAACAUCCGGGCGGCGAAUCAGUUCGAGCAGUGCCUCAAGCACCUGUCCAGUCUGGGACUCUUGUAUCGCAGAAUUUUGCAACGAACCGCCCGCAACGACGACUGGAAGAUGCUCAAGAAGAAUCUCUACUACCUCUACUCGCUGUGCAAGGCGUGCGGCCAAACACUGGAGGAUCCGGAGCGUCCACCAGCGGGCACAACGAUUGAGAACCUUGGGCGCUACAUUCGCAAUCCGGCGAACGCCCUGAAGCAGGUGCUCUACACGAUCGACAAGUGUUUGGACCUGGAGCGGGGUGCUGAGGAAAACAAGGUGGUCAUACGAGCCGGGCUCGAACAGCCGAUCGACCAGCUGCGCACCCAGUACGACGGCGUGCGACAGCUUGUGCUGGAAACAUCCCGGCUGGAACUGGAAAACCUCCAAAUCGAUAUGACUAACGUUUGCGUCACGUACCUGCCGUCGUUCGGAUUCGUCAUCAGCACCCAGGUGGACGAACGGCUGCAACGGUCCGGCAUCUUCAGCAACACUACGUUCGAUCUGGUGUUUCAGGCGGACGAUACGGCCUACUUCCAGAUCAGUCUCUGCAAGGAACUGAACACAGAGUUUGGCGUGAUGAUGGGCAAACUGAUCGAGUACGAGCUCGCGUUCAAGACCCGCAUCACCUCGUUCGUGGGCCACAAGUUCCCCGAACUGAUGGCCGUCUUCAAGGAUGCCGGCAAGCUGGAUGCUCUGCUGUCGUUUGCGACGGUCGCCAAGAUGUACCGGUACGUGCGACCGACCAUUGGCGACGGUAAAGCGCUUCUAAUCCAGAGCGGACGCAACUUGCUGCUGGAGCACCGGAAAGCGUACCAUCCCAACGAUACGGACGUUGGUGGGACUCAUACCCACUUCGUGAACGUGAUUUCCGCCGACAGCUCGGUGGGAAAGACGACGUACCUCAAGGAACUGGCCACUAUCUGCUACCUCGCCCACGUGGGAUCAUUUGUGCCAGCCACGCACGCCAAGAUCCCGCUGCUCGACUCGAUCUACACGCGCCUCGAUCACCCGGAGUCGAUCUUUAGCGGCAAGUCGUCCUUCAUGUCCGAGUUGCAUCAGAUGGCGAACGUUCUGCAAAAUGCCACCUCGCGAUCACUGGUACUGAUCGACGAGUUUGGCAAAGGUACGGGCUACGUCGAGGGUAAAUCCCUGCUGAUCGCUUCCAUCGAACAUCUGCUGAAGCGUAACGCGGAAGCACCCAUCACCUUCGUGACGACGAACUUCGUAGCGAUUGGAGAGUUCUUACCGGUAGACCAUCGUUUUCUACGUGUGUUCCUUGCCAGACCAGAAACUCGGGAGACUUCCCGAAACUGCUCCACCGACGAAACACUGCACGUCACGUCCACCGACACUUCCGGGGCAACCGAACUCCUCGAAACAACGUACCACCUAGCGUCCCGUGCCGUAGCAUUCGCGCUGAUAAAAUACUACCAAACGGCCGGCCAGUUACCGGGCCCGGAAACGGUGCGCUCCCUGAUGGACGCCACGCCGAUCACGCGCGUAGCCGAGCGGUGUAUCGAAAUUUCGCGCUCCGCGGAGAACUGUAACCGGCACGGAAACGAUGACGUUGACGACGGUGCCGCCUAA